AUGUCACUGCUUUUCCUUCAGCUAUUAGUGCUCUCAAGCCUCAGAGCCACAGAAGCAGACGGAGAGCCACAGCAAAAGAAAAGUAGAAGGCCAUUUCAGCACCUAUUCCCCCCAGGCAAGAAUCUGAUUUCAAGCGAGAGUUUUCGUCAGCUGGUGGGGAAAAAUCCAAUAGGUGUUGAAGAAACCCUGGGAGAAACAAGCUUAUUUGUAGCAAUUCCACAGACGGCAACUGAGAGUUUCAAACCAGGACAGAAAAAGACUUCCAGAUUCACUCUUCCCUAUGAAGAACUUCAUGCAAAGCGAGAUGUGGGAACCUGGACAGCACCCAGAGAGACCUCUCCCGUGGAAAAUUUCUCUCCAUACCACUCUUCCAGCAAGAGAGAAGCUGAACCUCUCUAUAGAAAAGAUGCGAAGAGAUUCUGGGACCACUUCAUGCUGAAGAAGAAUGCAGCUUCUGAAGAGGUUGUGCUGCCAAUCAAGACCAAUGAAAUGCACCAGGAAACCUGCAGAACCCUGCCUUUUUCCCAGGGCGUUGCUCAUGAGAGCUGUGAGAAGGUGAUGGUGCAGAAUAAUCUUUGCUUUGGAAAGUGCAGCUCCUUCCACGUCUCUGGUCCAGAUGAGCAUCUUCACACCUUUUGUUCACAUUGCUUGCCCACCAAGUUCUCCAUGAAGCGCUUGGAGCUCAACUGCACCAGUUCUGUCCCUGUGGUCAAAGAAGUCAUGAUUGUGGAGGAAUGCAAAUGUGAGAUCCAGAAGAUCAAAGACGCUGCAAUAAGAUCACUACAGUCAGACUUGCAUACAGAUGUGGAUGAGCAUAACUAA